AUGAACGGUUCUGGUAUUAUUGAUGAACCAACUCUUAUUGAAAAAAAAGACGAAACAACAAUCCUUGAUCAACAAAAAAAUGAUACAACGAUGGCUGAAGAUAAAGAGGAAACUGUCAUUAUUGAUAUGAAAAAAGAAAUGAAAAGAAUAAGACAUGAACAAAGAAAAAGAUUUAGAGAAAGUGGAAAAAGAACACAACCUAUGAGAGCCUGUAAAGGAAAACCUUUAAUAAGAUUUCGUGAAAGUGAUUACGAGAUUAAGAAAAAACCUCAUAAUACUAACUCAACAAAAGAAGUUGAAAAAUUAGAAAAUGAAAAUGAAAACCAAAAACGAAAAUCUCAAAAAAAGAAAAUUACCAAAAAAUCAUCUUUAAAAAUAGAAAGACAAAAAAUAGAAGAAGUAAAAGAAAGUGAAGAAAUAGAAAUAGUAAAAGAGAAUAAAGAGAAUGAAGAGAAUGAAGAAGAAAAGAAGCCUAAAAGUAAUAAUGAUGAUAAAAAAUUAAAUAACUCAAAGAAACUUAGCAAACCUUCAAUAGGAUUUAAAUCAUAUUCAUCAAGUUCUAGUUCUAUUAAAACCAAUGAAGAUAUACUUGAAGAAUUACCAUGUCAUGAAGCUAAUGAAUCAGAUAAAAGUAGUCAAGUUCAUUGGUGGUAUUAUGAAGAUAAAUGGGUUCAAUUUAGACAAAAAGAAUCAACAAAAAUAGAAGAAGAGUUUCAAAAGUAUUUAGAGAAUAAGAAAAAAAAGACAUAUACGCUUAAUAUUUGGAAAUCAACAUAUUUAAUCAAUUUUUCAAAAUUUAUACAAACUAACACUAAUCAAAAAUCAGAAAAAUUCUUUAUUCGUCGGUUAUUAAUUGAAUAA